AUGUGGACUCCCCGCAGUCUCGAAUCCCAGCUGCUUCUCAAAAUCGACUUCUUCAUUCUCUCCUUCUGCUGUCUGACAUAUUUCUUCAACUAUCUCGACCGCUCCAACCUAUCCAAUGCCUAUGUGUCCGGUAUGAAAGAAGAGCUCGCCUUCCACGGCAACCAGCUCAAUGUCAUCAACACCAUCUUCACUAUCGGCUACAUCCUAGGGCAGGUGCCUUCCAACCUGGCCCUGACUUACUUCCGGCCUCGCAUCUUUUUCCCAGCCAUGAUUCUCCUCUGGGGCGGCCUCACCAUGAUCACCGCCGCGGUGCAAAACCCCCAAAGCAUCAUGGCCAUCCGCUUCUUCCUCGGCCUCGCCGAGGCCAGCACCUUCUCUGGAACCCACUACAUCCUGGGCUCGUGGUACUCCGAGCGCGAACUAGGUAAACGAAGCGGUAUCUUCACGGCCUCAGGACUAGCCGGUACCAUGUUCGGUGGAUUUAUCCAAACAGGCAUCCACUCCUCUCUCAACGGCGCGCGGGGUUUAUCCGGAUGGCGCUGGCUCUUCAUCAUCGAUGGACUAAUCACCCUUCCCAUUGCUAUCUACGGGCUCUUUCUCUUCCCCGACACGCCCACCACCACUAGAGCCCCAUAUCUCACCCCGUCAGAACGUGCCUUUGCAGUCUCUCGUCUAACAAACACCAACGCCCACCGCGCCUCACUCAAUCGCGCAUUUCUCAAACGUCUCUUCACCACUUGGUACUGGUGGGCCUUUGUCAUCUUAUGGGUCAUAGCCGGGGAGACCGAAUCCUUUUCAUCUAACUCUCUCCUAGCUCUGUAUAUGAAAGCGCACCCGACAAUCUCGUACACCGUUGCCCAAUUGAACAAUUACCCCACAGGCGUCCCCGCCGUCGGUAUCAUAUCCACCCUGUUCUGGGCAACGUUGACAGAUUUCCUGCGCGGGAAACGCUACCUCGUUGGUUACUUUAUCGGGGUGACAGGUAUUGCCACCGCGGUUUUGAUUCUAACCCGCUUCGACUCCACCCCGACGGUCUUUGCGGCUUAUUAUUGGGCUGGCGCUGUGUAUGCCUGUCAGGCGACGUUCUUCGCCUGGUGUAAUGAUGCAAUGCGAUCACAGGAUGCGAGACAACGUUCUGUCGUUAUUGCUAGUAUGAAUAUGGGGAAUAAUGCCGUUAAUGCCUGGUGGAGUAUCUUGUUUUAUUCCGCAGAUUUGGCGCCCCGGUUUAACCGUGGCAUGUGGGCGAUGAUCGGGUGUUCGGUUGCCUUGGUGGUUUGGACGACUGCCAUUGUGUGGAAGACGGUAAAGGAGGAGAGGCGUGCAGAAAUCCCGUCAAAGCCGGAGACUGCGGAAGCGGCGAAACAGGGAUAG